AUGUAAAAAUAAUAAAUCCCUUAAAAACCUUAAAAGGUAAUUAAACUUCCUAUACCAGAAAUAAAUUUUUCCAAAAUUCUAGGCUAAAAAAGCGGUUUACGUCCUUAUCGUAAAGGCGGUGUUCGUAUAGAAGAACAAAAAAUCUAAAAUAAACUUUUUUUCCAUAAUUAUGGUUAUGGAGGAGCUGGAAUAUCUAUUUCUUAUGGCUAUACAAAACUUUUAUUUGCCAAAUUUGACACUAAAUACUCCUCUGAUAUAUAAAAAGAAGUCGCGAUAAUAGGAGCAGGCUACGCUGGUUUAUAUACAGCCAUUGAAUGUGCCAAAAGUGGGUAUAAAGUGACUAUAUAUGCUGAUAAUUUUGUCCAUAAUCACUAAAAUACUCCCCAAGAUUUACAUUUAUAGGCUAAACAAUAAAUUACUUCUUAAGUAGGGGCUGGUUUAUGGUGUCCAUUAACCUACGACUACGACAGUAGUGAAGAAAUAAAAGAAAGACAUAAUUUAUGUAGCCGAAUUAGCUAUGAUUAUUACAAGAAUUUGAUCUAAAGGGGAAGCCAUAAAGGCAUUUCUUUUAAAAAAAUAAUUACUGUAAAUCAUUUAGAAGGGAAUAAAGAUUAUUCAUAUAAAAGAAAUAUUGUGAAUGGCAUUAUAGAUGAUUAUGAGGAAGUUUUAAUCACUUUUAAUGGCGUAGAUAUGGCUUAAGGGGAGAUUUUUACUACUAUAUUAAUUGAAGGAGAUAUUUUUUUAAAUGAAUUGGUAAAUGAAUGUAAAAAAUAUGGAGUUAUAUUUAUUAAUUAACAUUUUGAAAGUCUUGAUUAGAUUAUAUAAAUUAUUCCUUAAAAAUUUAUUUUUAAUUGUAGUUCAAUGUCUUCUAGAAAGUUUUUUUAAGAUGAAAAUUUAGUACCAAUUAAAGGAUAAUUAGUUGUUUUAGAAAAAAUUAAUAAUGUAGAUUUUUUCCUAAAUAUUAUUGAUAAAAAAGGAACAGAAUUGUCUUUAUAUCCUAACUCAAAUUAUACACUUCUAGGAUAUGUUAAAUUAUAUGAUAGAUGGGAUAAUUAACCAGAAAAAUAUAUUGGGGAUUUCUUAGUAUAAAAUAUUAAAUAGUAUUUUUAGGAAGCUUAAAAAAAACAAAAAUUUUGA